AUGGCGCUGAGCAAGCCGAUGGAGAUGAUGGCGGCCGCCACGGCGGCGGGCGUGGGCGGCUUCCUGUCCACGAGCAUCCUGUACCCUCUGGACACGCUCAAGACGCGCAUCCAGUCGGGCGCGUCGCUGCUCCCGGACGAGGAAGAGAACGACGCCAAGGACAAGGAGGGCGGUUCUACCAAGCCCAGCCGGCAGUUGGCGCAGAUUAAGUCGCUCUACCAGGGCAUCCAGUACAAGGCGGCGGAGUCCUCCACCUCCAAGUUCCUCUACUUUUACGCCUACACGAUGCUGGCGCAGAUGGUGGCGCCCAAGGGCGGCAAGCCCAUCGGCACGCUCACGGACCUGGGCAUCGGCUACCUGAGCGAGCUGUGCCACCUGCCCAUCACGAUGCCCAUGGAGCUCGUGGGCACGCGCAUGCAGACGGGCUCUGGCAGUGGCGGCAGUAUCCUCCAUGUCCUACGCUCCAUCGUCAAGGAGAGCGGCAUCGGAGGACUCUACAAGGGGCUGGGGGCCUACUUCGUGCUGUGUCUGCAGCCGGCCAUCCAGUACACGGUCUUCGAGCGACUCAAGGGCGUGUAUCUGCGCAAGUUCAAGCAGGCGUCGCAGGCGCUGGGCGCGUUGGAGGCGUUUGUGCUGGGAGCCAUUGCGCGGUCCAUCGCGACGCUCGUUCUGUUCCCGUACAUCCGCGCCAAGAAGGAGACCAUCGCCUCCACGUUGCAGCGGGUAUACACGGAGGAGGGCCCGCUCGCGCUCUACCGCGGCCUCGGUCCGGAGCUCACGAGGGGAGCGCUCUCGUCGGCGCUGAUGCUCAUGAUCAAGGAGAAGAUCCAGAUGUACAUCACGCUGCUCAUGAUGAUCGCCAACUCGGCGUAG